CCCCCUCCCGCUCCUGCCCUCUCUCUCUCUCCCUCUCACGUAGACACAGUUCAGCUCCAGCCGCCCAGCACAGCUUGCUGCGGCUCUGGCAGCCAGAGGCAGGCUCUGCAGUGGAGAAGUGGGGCCGUCCCACUGAACUGGUACUUGUUAGAGGAUGAGCUGCACCAGGCUGGGUCUCUCUCUCCUGCUGCUGGCUGCCCUGGGCUGGACUGAGGACGAGCAUGGCUCAGAGCACGCUUCUCACCCCAAAAAGAAAGGUCCUGACCACGGUCACUGGAGCUAUGCAGAUAAGGCCCAGUGGCAGCUGGAGUACCCCUACUGCGGUGGGCAGAUGCAGUCUCCCAUCAAUAUUGACACCAAUUCCACAAUCUUCAGCCCUGAGCUGCAGCCUGUUGUGCUGGCAGGUUGCAACCUGGACCCCAGUGAGCAGCUCAGCCUAAUGAACAACGGACACACAGUUGUCCUUCAGCUGCCAGGCUCUCUGACUAUUGCCGGCGGCUACCCCCAGGAGCACAGAGCAAUGCAGCUGCACCUGCACUGGGGCUCCCCGGCAGGGCCGGGCUCAGAACACACCGUGGACGGACGCCGCUAUGAUGGGGAGAUCCAUAUGGUUUAUUACAACCCCAGCUAUGAGAGCAUCAAAGAGGCAAUGAGGCAGCCCGGUGGCCUAGCAGUGCUGGCAGCUUUCCUGCAGGUUGGGCCGGAGGACAACGUGCACUAUCAGCCUCUGCUUGAGCAGCUGGAUGAGAUCCAAGAGGAAGGCAAGGAAACGGCAGUGGCUGGGUUCAAUAUUGAAGGGUUGCUGCCCACCAACCUAGGCCGCUAUUACCGCUACAGUGGCUCUCUGACCACCCCUCCCUGCUACCAGACGGUGAACUGGACUGUCUUCAACCAGACGGUGUUGCUGUCCAAGGAGCAGAUCUCGCUGCUGGAGACCACGCUGCAGGGAGACGAUGACAAGGAUCUGCAGAACAACUUCCGGCUAACCCAGAGCCUGCACGGACGGAAAGUCCUGGCGAGUUUCCAGGCAGCCCUCAGCCCGAGGCGGGUCCCGCUUCCUGACGGUGGAGUUCCCCCCAUGACGCCCGCCCCUGACGGUGCCACAGAGGGAAGCACGGACGAAGCUCCCGGAGCAGGUGCUGGCUGCCCACCAUGCGGAGAUUCAGAAAACCAGCUGGGCCUCUCCCUGCAGACAGCGGACGUGCUGGCUGGUCUCUUUGGGGUUCUCUUUGCAGUCACGGCUCUGGCCUUCCUCAUCUACAUCCACAAGCAGCGGAGCCAGAACACAAGGCCGGACUCUCACCCCAAGCCCAACGUCAUCUACACAGCAGCCACCACAGAUGAGAAUGCGGUGUAGGCAGGGCCCCUGCUGCCCAGCGAGGGCCUCUGGCACACGGAAGGGAGACCAGCACACGCACCCUUGGGCUCUGCUGGCUGGACCCUGCCACUCACAGCCAGCCAAGCACGCCCUCCCUCCCCACCAAGGGGCCAGAGCAGCAGGGGCCCCUUCUCUGGGGCCUUCACUCCUUGAGGCCCGGUUACCUGCACUGAGGCUCAGCAGAGACUGAGGGGAAAAACUCUGCCCCUUUCACAGAUACUUUUUUUAAAGAUACAAUAAAAUCAAUGAAAUAGAAACCUAUUGCUAUGCCAGCCCUGCCUCUGCUGCAGGAGCUAUCUCCCCUGGGGGCCAGGGCCCCUCCCACCAUUGCAGUGAUGGCCCUGCCUCUGCUGUGGGAUCGCCCCAGGCAGAUACACCAGGCCAGGGCUAGGAAGCACCCCUGUGUGGGACCAGCUGCCCUCAGCAGCACAGUGGAUGGCUCCAGCUAGAGCAGCCAGGAAGCCCCAGAAAAGGAUGCUGCAGCUGGGCUUUGCCUUCCUGUCCCGCCUGAGCACUCAUGUAGCUACUCUGGCCCACACCCCCGCCAGUGGAUUCAUUCUUAGUGCACCUUGGGCUGAGCAGCAGGAGAAGUCAUUGCCAUGGGGCCUGUCACAGGUGGGAGGGGGGGUCCCAUGGCCUCUGGCCUGCCCCCAGGGGCUCAGCAGCCAGACACCCUGCAUGCAGCAGUAGAGGCUAGACAGCCACUGCCCAGCUUCUUGUGACCCUCCAGCGGGGUUCGUUACUGUGCCAGCCUGGAGCCCAGCAUCCACCUGGCAGCAUCCAACCAGCGCCCCACUCACCCAUUCGAUGCCGGUGCCACGUGCCGUGGUACUGGCAGACACCUAGUGGCCAUGUGGAGUCCCUGCACCAUUUCUGUAAAACACGGACCCAAGGGAAACAACACACACACUCCCCUCCCAAGGACAGUGGCAGUGUGGUCCAGUGGAUACAGCACUGGACCAAGGCUCAGAACAGCUGGGUUCUGUUCCAGGUUGCCCCACUGGCCUGUUGGGUGACCGUACACAAGUCAAUUCCAUGCCUGUGCCUUGGUUUCCCCAGCUGUAAAACAAGGAUAAUGACCCUGCCCCUACACGUGAAAUGUUGCAUACGAGCUGGGUAUCACCCCAACUUCCCACUCCCAGCAUGGCAGAUGCACCGCAUGUGCAGGACCCAUCCCAUCCCCCACAGCCACACACAAAUUCUCUCUGAGGCUGGUAUUUCUCUUUAUUGAUAUAAAAGCCCAUUACAAACUCAGUCAGUCUUGGCUCUCUGCCCUGGUGCCUCUGCAUGGCUUCUGGGUCCCUGCUCCCAGUUCCACCUCACAUCCCCAGGGCUGGUGCCAGCUCGGGCACCUCAUAUCCACCCCCACCAGAGACAUGGACAGGGUCACUGAUCCCGCCCCGGAUAAACCUCUGCCACCGCCCCUCCUCCCAGCAUGUCAGCACAAGGCAUGCAGCUACCAGCUGCACUGUGCCAGCAUCACCUGCCCAUCCCCUUCCCGUACCAGCAUCAGCCCUUUGGCACCACUCAUCCCCUCUCCAUGCCAGUGCUGGGCAGCCAGUCAGCCUCAUCCUUUGCCACCCACCUGUUCUGCAUUUCCCAUUGAAUGCCACCCACCAUCCUUCUCAGGCCAGUACCUGGCAGUCUGUCCCAUACCAGCAGCCAGGCACUUGGGGCCAGGGCUGGGAAUUCAGCCCCCUGGUACAGCCACUCCUGGGCAAGGGGAAAGGACGUUGCAGCUCCUUAGUGCCUAGCAUCCCCAGCUCGGCGCUUUGAUGUAUCCAGGCAAACUG